AUGACGCAGCUUCGGUGCUCGUCCAUCGAUCCAUACACAGGCCACCAUCGGAGACUCAAUGCCAAGAUUCGACCGCUUCUAUCGAUGCGCGUGCACGAGCACAUACGAUACGUAUCCGGACGGUUCGUCGGCUCGCCGGCACACGCGGCCGCGCACCAACAACAGCCUCGUCCCCCAACGGCGACGGAGGCUGCGGCGGCGGCGGCGGCGGCGGCGGGCCCUUUAUUUAGCUGCGGUCACUGUGAUGCCGUCCUAGCCAUCCACCCAGCAGCUCCCCAGGCCCAGGCCCUCGUCGAGGUCGGGGGCCCCCCUUGUCCAUGCGAGAUUCCCCUCCCAUGUGCUGUGCCGUGGCAUGCGCUUAGUUACCUACAGGCUGGUGCCGGUGCCGAACGGGUGCGAUACGGUGAGCGGCUGACGAUGAACAGGCGUUGCGCCGCAUCAAACUCGGUUCGGCACGCCGGGGGAAGAAAUGGUGGGCGCCACAGCAGACAACUUCGGACGGCAGAGGCGGGCUUUCUCUUCUCAGAUGAUGAGACACACACACGCACGCCUGCCAAGCCACCGAUGCCACGGCCCUGGCUUGUGGCCGUGUUUCACGCCCCCCCUUUCCACCUCUCCGCGUCCACGUCCAAGCCGCGACCCGCGCUCCUCGGCACCGCAUGGCCCGACCAGCUGCAUCAUCGGCGCCGACCGUGGACCGGUUUAUUGGCAAUACUACGCACCGUUCGCAGCCCUCGAAAUUUUAUCUCUACAGAAGACAUUGCGGUGGCUUCAUUACUCGCAACGGUGAAUAAACGAGUGGAGAUGUAUCAGUGUAGCGCAGUAUUCUUCUUUUUUAGUGCUUUUCUUGGUCGGCCCCGCAUCGGCACAAGCCACUCGCACCGGCGCUACGACCACGCAUCCACGCUACGCACCAGCGUUAAACCCCCGAUCGCCUGCCGGGAGAACAGAUGGCGAAACCUGGGUGGGGAGGAUGGGCUAGGCCGCCAACGGAAGCAGGUCGUGUGGCGUCAUCGAUUGGGUUUGGAGUCUGGUUUGGUAGGUUUGGCUGGCUGCGCGUCCCGACUCGGCCAACGAACGACUGAAUGGACGAACGGGUCCGCCAAACAGCAACGCAAAAGUAACUGCCGGCCAGUGCGCCUCGUUGUGGAUGCCCGCCGCAACGGCUGCUGCAUGAUCACCGCUGCACUGGUCGGCUCCGACCCGGCCUCAAGCCAAAAGGUGGCACGGGAAACAUACCUCCCCUUACCUACGGCCUGCAUGCGAGUGCUGUUUCGUGCUCUUGUCGCACAACAUGCUGCUGCGGCUGCAGCUCAUCAAUCCACAAUACUAACUCGGGGUGCCGCUGCGCUCCGUGAUAACACCCGGCAGGUAGGUAUCCAGCGCGGCGGACCGCCCAUGUCCGUACCAAGUCGCGAACUUGGCUGA